AUGCGAUAUGCUGCCGAAGCAGCAAGAAAAGCGGCUACACGCAUGCGUGCAGACGAAGAGAGAUAUUCUUUUGCUUCAGCAGCAGGUGAUGCUUCGCCUGCUGUUGCGAACAGUCCACGUGAUGAGUCACCACGUGCGACAGAUACAUCCGCUACGUCUGCAGCGGGUACUGCGAAUCGCAAUGUAGAUAAGCCUGGAAUUGAUCUCAUCUAUUCAGGCGAGUUGGAUGAUGCAUCCGAAUCGAAGGCGACACCUCACGCCUCCGGAUCAUCCGGGGCGGAAACUGCAAGAUCCAGGUUGACUGGCUCUGGGGAACGUGGCGGCAUCAUGUCCGAGAUCUUCGGACCGAGCGAUUCUUCUGACGAAUCCUCGCCUCACGCGAGUCCAUACAACGAUAGGACGCGUGGGGAUGGUGGUGAUGCCCCUAUGCAUCACCAUGAGAAAAUUAACUCGAGAGAUCGAGCUGCCACUCGUUUCAGUGAUCAUGAUGACACCACUCAAGAGGCCAAGGAACGCAAUGUCCUGCGCCACGCUCCUCAAGUGGAGUCUUCUUGGAUGCCGCCAUCCAGAGAGUUGGACCGGCUGGCCGGCAUGACUACCGAACGGGAUCGAAUCCCAUUGUUCGAUUGUAGAAAGGUUUGCCCACCUGAUUACAGCACGGAAACUAUCCGUGCUGAGGAAGAAUUCUUCACCGAUGCAUUUUUCAAACAUCGGUGGUACAAUGGCAGCCGCGUUCGAGACGGCAAAGCCUUGAUACUAGGAUGUAAUGUCUUCAUCCAUAACAUCGAGUGCAUUGGCCGUGAGCCCUGGCUCGGUAAACUUGAUGCAGCUCGCAUCAGGUUUGAGAAGCGUAACCCAGUUGGGGUGCGGUACAAGUUGCACCGGUUGUCAAUAGAGGCAGGAUUACCCUGUCUCUCGUGGGGUGAUUCGUGUCUAGGUUGCCUGGACAAAUCGAAUCGUGCCCCUAGGGAGGCCUACCUCCCUAAUGCUCCCUACUGGAGUGCGCGCAUAUCUACUGAAAUGGCCGAAGGGGUUGACACCUUGCAAUCCCUGUACUCGCGUUCGGGGAGGUCGUUUUCCGACGGCCCUUCUUCGAACGCAGCGGGUGGGUCUCUUCAUACUGCUCGAUGA